GCUGCCAAGAUGGAGUUCUGCAUCGUCUUGUUCGUUAGUCUCUCCCCGUCUGCCACAGCCUUCGCCAGCUCCCGUGCCCUGGAGACGUUCAAGCUCAUCGACGAGAUUUACACGGCCUUCGACAGCAUCGUUGACGGCUUCGGCUUCUUCAAGUACCAUCACAUCAACGACACCUACGUCAUCUGCUGCCCCCGCACUUCUCAUCCUUUCCACGUCCCAGAGCAUCUCGAGCAAUACAAAGAGCGAUGCGUGAGGGAAGCCGUUCUUAUCGCCAAGGCUCUUAUCGCCGAGGCCAGCAAGUGCAAGAGUCUUGAAGGCGAGGCCUUGUGGGCAAAGGUGGGUAUUGCGUGUGGACCUCUAGCUGGAGCUAUCGUGGGGAAGACAAGGCGUUUUUACUGCUUGUUUGGGGAUGCGGUCAACACCAGUGCCCGCAUGUGCUCACACUCACAGCCCGGCAGCAUCCUUUGCACCUCAGAGUUUCACAGCAUGCUCACAGUCAGCAGGUCCAGCGAUGUGAACGUGGUUGAAAGAGAGGAAAUUCACGUCAAAGGGAAAGGAAUGAUGAAAACUUUCCUCCUC